AUGCCUGCAGGAUCUGCACGGUGUCACCCUGCGUUGCUAUUGCUUCUCUCCUCGGCACCGCUGUGGGCAGCUGAGAUUUCCUGCAGGAAUGAAGACGGGAAGACAGUCGAUUGGUUUGCUCUUUACAAGCUGCCGAAACACGCCAAAGGAGAGCUUGCCCUGCUGGGGCUGGAAUACCUGUACCUGGACGCCCUGGCUCCGGAGUGGCAGCUGGGGAAAUACCUCGUCAACAUGACACAGGGCGCACUGGGACAAACGCUCGAGCAGCUCUACGAGACUUACGAAGCUGAGAAGAACAGCAUUGCAUAUGCGAUAUACAACGAUGAGGUCCCUGAAUCAGACUCUGACGGGUGGAAAAGAGGACAUACCAAAGGAUUUCUGCUCUUGGACAAAUCACAGGGCUUCUGGGUUGUUCACAGCGUGCCCCUGUUCCCUCCUGUCCCCGAGGAUGGUUAUGGGUAUCCAGCUACUGGGGAGUCCUACGGACAGACGGCCAUCUGUAUAACCUUCAAAUACGACCAGUUCACAGAAAUAGACCAACAGAUGCUGAGUUAUAACCCAAGAAUCUACAGCUGUUCCGUCCCCAACGUCUUCCAAGCCGAUCUCCCAUAUCUGAAGAAGCUCUGCGCAGGGUCCAGGCUGCCCUCGGCCCCUUUGCGCCACCUCUCCAAACUCCAGUCAGCUCACGGGGAAACCUUUCUCCACUUUGCAAAGUCACACUUGUUCAUAGACGAUAUCUACGUGGCCUGGGUGGCUCAGGAACUGAAGACUGAUUUGUUGGCUGAAUCCUGGCAGCAUUCUGGCCAAAAACUUCCCUCAAAUUGCUCUCUCGACUACCAUGUCUACAACAUAAACCUAAUAGGGACACCAUUGAAUUCUACCUUUUAUUCCAUUAACGAUCAUUCCAAAUGGGCUGUUUCAAGGGAAUACAAGGAUCAAUGGACCUGCAUCGGAGACUUAAACCGCGCUGCCGAGCAAGCUUGGCGAAGUGGUGGGUUCAUCUGUAUGCAGAACGAACACAUCUACAAAGCCUUCAGAGGUUUGAUAGUCCACUAUGAAAGCUGCUCUGAUGCUUUCACGUUGAUAUAA